CCCAAACCCUACACUCCCGGCGGCGGCGGCGGCGGCGCAGCAGCGGCAGCAGCAUCCGAAGAUGGUGAAGUUCCUCAAGCCCGGCAAGGCCGUUAUCCUCCUCCAGGGCCGCUUCGCCGGCAGGAAGGCAGUUAUCGUGCGCGUGUUCGAGGAGGGCACCCGCGACCGCCCCUAUGGCCACUGCCUCGUCGCAGGCCUCGCCAAGUACCCAAAGAAGGUGAUCCGCAAGGACUCCGCCAAGAAGACUGCGAAGAAGUCGCGCGUCAAGUGCUUCAUCAAGCUCGUCAACUUCACUCACCUCAUGCCCACCCGCUACACCCUCGACGUCGAUUUCAAGGAUGUCGCCACCGGUGGGCCCGACGCACUCUCUACCCACGACAAGAAGGUCGCCGCCUGCAAGACGGCCAAAGCGCGCCUUGAGGAGAGGUUCAAGACCGGCAAGAACAGGUGGUUCUUUACCAAGCUCCGCUUCUAGAUGCUCGGCCUCCCGAAUAGUCCUGCUUUAGCUGUCGAUUUGUUGUAUCGGACACACUCCAUCUCUGUUUUCGUAUUACCAUGAAUAUUUCGUGUUUAGUCCUGGGGCUCU